CGGAUUUUGGGUGUUAUAUUCGGGCGCGGUGGCAACUUCUCGUCACUCACGUUGCGAAUCGUUGAACGAGUAACAACUCGCGUUAAAGUCAUCUCUAAUUCCAAUCGAAAGCAUACAAAAUGUCGAAGGCACCCGCUGUUGGUAUCGAUCUUGGAACGACUUACUCCUGCGUCGGGGUUUUUCAACAUGGAAAAGUCGAGAUCAUCGCCAAUGAUCAGGGGAACAGGACAACACCUAGUUAUGUCGCAUUUACUGAUACUGAACGACUGAUUGGUGAUGCUGCCAAGAAUCAGGUCGCCAUGAAUCCUAACAACACCAUUUUCGACGCUAAAAGACUGAUCGGUCGUCGUUUCGACGAUGCGACAGUUCAGGCUGACAUGAAGCACUGGCCCUUCUCCGUGAUCAACGACAACACGAAGCCGAAGAUCCAGGUGCAGUACAAAGGCGAGACAAAGACCUUCUACCCGGAGGAGGUCUCCUCGAUGGUUCUCGUGAAGAUGAAGGAGACAGCAGAGGCAUAUCUUGGCCAGAUAGUGACAAACGCCGUGAUAACAGUACCAGCGUACUUCAACGACUCGCAGCGUCAGGCAACGAAGGACGCUGGCACAAUCUCUGGACUCAAUGUCCUGAGAAUAAUCAAUGAGCCAACAGCAGCAGCUAUUGCGUACGGUCUCGAUAAAAAGACAGUAGGUGAGCGCAAUGUCCUGAUUUUCGAUCUAGGUGGUGGUACCUUUGAUGUGUCCAUCCUGACAAUUGAGGACGGUAUCUUCGAGGUGAAAUCAACAGCUGGAGACACUCACCUGGGUGGUGAGGACUUUGACAACAGGAUGGUCAAUCACUUUGUCCAGGAGUUUAAGAGAAAGUACAAGAAGGACUUGACGAGCAACAAGAGAGCACUUCGUCGGUUGAGAACAGCAUGUGAACGCGCCAAGAGGACCCUCUCAUCGUCGACGCAGGCGAGCAUCGAGAUUGACUCGUUGUUCGAGGGCACUGACUUCUAUACAUCGAUAACUCGUGCCAGAUUUGAGGAGCUGUGCGCUGAUCUCUUCAGGGGUACACUCGAGCCUGUGGAGAAGUCCAUUCGUGAUGCUAAAAUGGAUAAAUCACAGAUCCACGAUAUUGUUCUCGUUGGUGGCUCCACCAGGAUUCCCAAAAUUCAGAAACUGCUCCAGGACUUCUUCAACGGCAAGGAGCUUAACAAAUCCAUCAAUCCUGAUGAGGCUGUUGCCUAUGGAGCUGCUGUCCAAGCAGCUAUUCUCCAUGGAGACAAAUCUGAGGCUGUCCAGGAUCUUCUGCUGCUCGACGUAACACCCCUCUCCCUGGGAAUUGAAACGGCUGGUGGUGUUAUGACUGCUCUCAUCAAGAGAAAUACAACAAUACCCACGAAGCAGACCCAGACAUUCACCACUUACGCUGACAAUCAACCCGGUGUAUUGAUCCAGGUGUACGAGGGUGAGCGUGCCAUGACCAAGGACAAUAAUCUCCUUGGAAAAUUCGAGCUCUCUGGUAUACCACCAGCACCACGUGGAGUACCACAGGUUGAAGUUACGUUUGAUAUCGAUGCUAAUGGCAUUCUGAAUGUCUCAGCUGUCGAUAAAUCAACAGGAAAAGAGAACAAGAUCACGAUAACCAACGAUAAGGGACGUCUCAGCAAGGAGGACAUCGAGAGAAUGGUCCAUGAUGCUGAAAAGUACAAGAAUGAGGAUGAGAAGCAGAAGGAGACAAUCUCAGCUAAGAAUGGGCUUGAGGCUUACUGCUUCAACAUGAAGAGCACUGUUGAGGAUGAAAAACUCAAGGACAAGUUGUCAGCCAGUGACAAACAAGUGGUUUUGGACAAGUGUAAUGAGAUCAUCAAGUGGCUCGAUGCCAAUCAACUCGCUGAGAAGGAGGAGUACGAGCACAAGCAGAAGGAGCUCGAGUCAAUCUGCAGUCCAGUUGUCACGAAAUUGUAUCAGGGCGCUGGUGGAAUGCCUGGAGGCAUGCCUGGCGGUAUGCCUGGUGCUGGUGGCGCUCCUGGUGCUGCUCAUGGUGGUGGUGGAGCAUCUGGACCAACCAUCGAGGAGGUCGAUUAAGGGAUUCAGGACCUCGGGGUCUGACGUUUUGGGAUAUGGACGGAAAUCUGCGUUGAGACACUUUCCAACUUUGAUAGCAUUCACAUUUUUUUUAUAAUCUCUUACUUUAAUUAUUUAUUGAACAUUCGAACCUCGAGGUAUUGUACUAGAUAUGCCAUUUUUUUUUUCAUGUAAAUAAAGCGAUUUCUCGUCCAUCCUAA